AUGGCACCCACAACUCGCUCUCGGGCGGCUCCAGUACCAUCUCGGGCGACUAAGCGUGCUGCUCAAGAUUUGUCGGACGAAGAUUCGGACAAUGCUAACGCGCAAGAGCACAAGCCUGCUACUAAGAGAGCGAAGACUACUCACGACAAGGCCAACGCGAAGAGAGCUCCCCCCCGUCGUUCUACCGCCCAGAAGACGAACCCAAACAUCACCCGCGGUGGAUUGAAAGCGCUUCCCACCAUGCCGCUCGAUGUGCUUGAAGAGAUCUUUUGCACACUGGACCCGGCAUCUCUCGUCAAUAUAUCUCGCACCACAAAAUCAUUUCGUCAAUUACUGCUGUCACCCGCCUACGAGCACGUAUGGCGCGAAGCGUUUUCCCGUGACGAGACAGGCAUCCCUCAGCCGCCUGACGGGAUGAGAGCUAAACACUGGGCCCUGCUUUUGUUCGGCGGAGAUACUUGUGAGCACUGUCACAAGCAGAACGCUCCAGAGAUUCUAUUCUAUCUUCGCAUUCGGCUUUGUGAGGCUUGCAUAAGCUCUACACUUCAUCGACCUUCAUCAACGUCCUUUCGCGGUAUCAGCAUCCAGCAGUUGAUACCCGCUGAAUUCGUCGAGAAAGUCAUCUCCGAGCGACGCACGCAAUAUGGAUAUGGGCGUCAGUGCUCACUCACGUGCUACGCAUUUGGUGAGAAGUAUCAUCCGUUCGUCGCCGGUCAAAAGGCGGCUCUGGCCAAAGGCCCAGACGAGGAGCUUCGGUAUGUCGAGGAGCACAGGGACGCUUUCACCGCUCGCUAUGUGCAUGCGAAGAUGGCGACGAAGUGGCAAAGGGAUCUUCUCGCUGCGCAGAAAAAAGAGCGCGAACGUCGACAGCGAGAAAUCUCGGAUGCAAAGAACGCUCGCAAACGAGAAAUCGAGAAACGCCUGGAGGACUUGGAUUAUAACACCUACGAUAAGAAGAUCAUGUCUGGUGUCUGGAAGCUCAAGGGUAUCAACAUCGCACAGCCUCUCACAGAUGAAGAGUGGAAGGAGCUCUGGCCUGCAAUCCGAGGUGUUAUAGACGGCAAUCGCGCAAAAAAGAACUCUGAGGCGGCAGCAAAGCGCCGCGAUUUUCGCAUCCGGCAUGUUGGAUCCCACUACGACCGCAUGCUCCAUGACCCGAGCUGUGUCCAACCUCAGGAAGUGCAAUAUUUCCCGCGAACAAAUCGAUGUUUGGAGUUUGAGCCGCUCAAGAGCUUCGUCGAAGAAGACGCACCUGAUAGAUAUAGGCUGGGUUGGGACGACACCACUCAGCUGGAUCUCACUCUUCGGCAAACUAUUCUGGGCAUGCGCCAAGUGCAGGACGAGCAAUACCUCAAACUUUACAACUUGCUCCUCACAGGUGGCUAUAUCAGCAAGAACACGAAGCAAGAGAAAGCACUGUCCCUAGCGAUAGCGAUUUUCCGUUUGGGCCGGGAUUGGAGCAACGAGUUGCGAUUCGGCCGUGAAGCUAUGUCCCACGAUCGCAAGGAUUAUCGGCAGCGGUACCAAAGUCUGUACGAAGAUUCGCCCGUAACAGUUUCCAGCGAAGGUGUCGGCGCAGUACGGAUGCUCCUGGGUCUGCUUGGGAUGAAGCACGAUUCGACCAUAGAAGAUAUGGAUCUAGCCGAUGCCCACUUCGUCUGCGUAUCCUGCAAGCCCAGAUCGGCGUGGCUUGAUCUCAAGAAGGCUGGCGAGUCUCAUCGGAUCUCUGAUAGACAUCAUGUUGCCACAAGGGAGGUAUUCUCGUGGCGCAGAGCGGUUGGCCACGUUCACGACGAGCACAAAGAAACCGCUGCCGAUGUGCGGAUCCGUCUUCUGACGAAGCGCGAACAGGCCGCUCUUGAAGCGAAAUACCAUGAGAAAUACAAAGUGACUCACACAGCGCCCAUCUGCUUCGGCUGUUGUCACUGUCAUGACUAUGGCGACGACGCAUCCCAGCACGCUCAAGGUCGGCAUGACGGGCUUCUGUCCAAGCGCGAUGUCGUCAAACAUUUGCAGAAAAAGCAUUCCAUACCGACGAAGAAGAUCACGGAGAACGUGGACUUCUGGUAUCACUCCUGCUUUUCCCGUGGACUACUGGAUAGCUCGAUAACAUCCUUCAACCUCGUCGAGGACUGA